AGCUAGACAUUCAACGACGAUGACUCGCGAUGCGAAAGCUGACAGCGCGCGGCAAUAUCAAGACCAAAGCAGCGCUGGAUGUGGAAUCAAAGAGAGGAUAUUGGUUGACGGUGUACGCGCAGGAUCAUGGCGUCGUUCCUUUGAGCUCGAGCUUACAGGUAUACGUGGAGGUGCUGGACGAGAACGACAAUACCCCGUUGACCGAGGUUCCGGUUUAUUAUCCGUCCGUUCCGGAGAACUCUCCGGCAGGUGUGAGCGUCCUGCAGAUCCGAGCGUUCGAUCGCGACGUCUCGCCCCAACAAUUCACCUUUUCCAUCACGAGUGGCAAUCCAGAGGGUUAUUUUCUCAUCAACUCCACCACCGGUUUGAUCACGACCAGUGGCCGGAAACUCGAUCGAGAAAAUCAGGCUGAACACGUUCUCGAGGUGACGGUGAGAGACGACGGGAGGCCUUCGUUGUCGUCGACAACUCGCGUGGUGAUCGCGGUGGCAGACAUAAACGACCACGGACCAGAAUUCGAGCAAAAAUUCUACACCGUUCAAAUCCCAGCCUCUCCAUCCACCGACAAGCCUCUAUUCCAGAAAUCGAAGAACCGAUCGCGGGAGUACGACCUUUCGAUCGAUACGUUACUAGAAAAUGGAACUUGGGAGACAUUUAGCCCCGACACCUUGUCAGGAGAUCGUAUAUUCAGGGUACUCGCGAACGAUAAAGACAUCGGUGAUAAUGGAAAAAUCCAGUAUAGCAUCAAGGGUGGUCGAGGCAAGGGCAAGUUUAAAAUUCACCCCACCACGGGCAUGGUGUACUCUCAACGGGGUUUCGAAGCCGGACAAGAAUACGAAAUGAUGAUAAAAGCCGCAGACAGCGGGGAACCACAGCGCAGUCAUCAAACACGAGUAUCCGUGCAAGUGGUCGAGGUACCAAAGGAAUCCGAGAAUCCACCGGUCUUCAAGACGAAUAAUCAAAGAGCCGAGGUUACGGAAAGUGACGAGGUUGGUUUCCUCGUGGCAUUGAUGCAAGCCACGGACAAAGAUGGCGAUUCGCUGUGGUACGAUAUUCUCGACGGCGACAAGCGUGACGAAUUCUUCAUCGGCCGCGACAACGGGAACGUGUUACUGGCGAAAAAGUUGGACUGGGAGACCCAGAACUUCUACAAUCUCACGAUCGGCGUGACGGAUAGCGUGCACACGGCGGUGACGCAGCUGCUGGUCACGGUAAUCGAUAUCAACGAUCACAGGCCAGAGUUCACGGAGCACACGUAUCGAGUGGACAUCUCGGAGAACGUGGAGAAGGGCGAGGUGAUUCUGCAAUUGCACGCGACCGACGAGGACGAGGACAAGAAGGUGUUCUACAGUCUGCACGCCGCGCAGAACCAGGCUUCCCUGGAAAUAUUUCACGUGGACUCGGUGACGGGAGCCGUAACGUUGAACGAGGUGCUGGAUCGAGAAACCAUCGAGGAGCACGUGUUGACGGUGAUGGUGAAGGACCAAGGCACUCCGGCCAAACGAAACUACGCCAGGGUGAUCGUGACUGUCCACGAUCACAACGAUCAUGCCCCCGAGUUCAUCAGCGAGAUCAUUCAAGGAAAGGUGUUCGAGACGUCUCCCGUCGGCGCAGCGGUGGUCCAAGUCUGGGCCAUUGACAGAGAUAGAGGAGACAACGCCAAAAUCACCUACUCGAUCACUUCUGGCAACGUGGGCAACAUGUUCUCGAUAGAUCCUGAACUUGGCGUGAUUCGAGUAGCUCGCGAGCUCGACUUGAGCAUCUCCUCGGAGUACAUACUCCUGGUGAAAGCUACGGACCACGGUUCUCCGGCUCUGACCAACACCGUGCCCGUGCACGUGAUGGUCACCAUGGCCGACAACGCUCCGCCUCGUUUCAUACAGAAAGAGUUAUCCGCCGAAAUCUACGAGAACCAGCAGCUGGGCACCUACGUGAAGCACGUGGAGGCGAGGAGCACCUCCUCGUUGCAGUUCGAGAUCGUGGACGGUAACAAGGACGACACGUUCUUCGUGAACCCCAGCACCGGUAUCAUAGUGAUCAAGAACGAACUGGAUUACGAGAAGAGGAAGUUCUACAAUCUGACGGUGGCCGCGACCAACAUGGCCGGCGCGAAAGCGCAAUGCAACGUGAUCGUUCACGUGCUGGACCGAAACGACAACGCUCCCAAGUUCCUGCAAGCUACGUACACCGGCGAAAUAAGCGAAGGUGCCAGCAUAGGCUCGCUGGUGCUCACCAAUACCAGCAGCCCGUUGGUCAUCAAGGCGGAGGACGCUGACUCGGAAUUGAACGCUUUGUUGAACUAUGAUAUCGUGGAGGACCUGCCACGGAAGUAUUUCCACAUAGACUCGAGCACGGGCGCCAUUAGGACCGUGAUGGUGUUGGAUCACGAGAGCAUUCCGAAGUUCACGUUCCACGUGAAGGUAUCCGAUCUUGGGAAACCGAAACUGUCCUCCGAGACCACCGCCAAAGUGAUGAUAGUCGUAACGGACGUGAACGAUUGCCCACCGAAGUUCCUGGAGAACGACUACAACACCACCCUGCUGUUGCCGACGUACAAGAACGUGGCCGUUGUACGUGUGAACGCCGUGGACCCCGAUAGCUCGGAAGGAAUAGCGCUCAGGUACGACAUCAUCGACGGGAACAAAGGACACACAUUCGAAAUAGACUCGCAAACCGGCGUCAUCACGGUCUACAAUCCCGAACGCAUGAAGAAAAGCUAUCUCCUUCGUGUCCGAGUAUCCGACGGAAAGUACUCGAGCGUCACCCAAGUGAACGUGGCCGUGGAAAAAUCGGAAAAUUCGGGGCUGGUGUUCCAGAAGGACAUUUACGAGGGAGCCAUCCCGGAGAACUCGACGAGGAUCGCGACAGUGGCGGUCGUGAAUGUCCUCGGCAGCGCCCUCAACGAGCAGAUUGUCUUCAGCAUCCUGAACCCUACGGACAUGUUUGUAAUUGGAUCCACGUCCGGCGCGAUUCGAACGACAGGAAUUAGAUUCGAUCGCGAGGUUUGCGACCAUUACGAGCUGAUCGUGGAAGCGAAGAGCCAAAUACCGGACAGGGAGAAGCCCAGAGUGGCGCACGUGAUCGUCAACGUUACGAUACUGGACAUCAACGACAAUUGUCCCAUGUUCGUCAAUUUGCCCUACUAUGCCGUCGUGUCCGUUGACGCACAGAAGGGAGAUGUUAUUACCAAGGUGCACGCAGUAGACAUGGACAGCGGUGACAACGGAGAAGUCAGAUACGAGUUGAAGAAGGGUCACGGAGAGUUAUUCAAAGUAUGUCGAAAAACAGGAGAAAUAUCGUUGAAGCAGAAUCUGGAGGGACACAAUCGUGAAUAUCAACUGACUAUCGCCGCGUACGACGGUGGCAGCACACCUUGCUCGAUCGAGGUUACCGUAAACGUAAAAGUGAUAGAUCGUUCUAUGCCAGUAUUUGACAAGCAAUUUUAUACGGACAGCGUGCUGGAAAGCAUCGAAAUACACUCGCCCCUAGCUCUAUCGAUACAGGCUGAAUCACCAUUGAAUCGCAAACUCAUAUACAGCAUAACGAAAGGCAACGAUUUCGAAGAAUUCGCCCUGGAUUUCAACACAGACUGCUUUCGGGUCUACAAUCGUCUCUUCAAUAAAUUAGGUGUAAUCUAUGUGGUGGAUGAGCUGGAUUAUGAGCAGAAGAAGCAGUACGAGCUAACCGUGAGAGCAACGGACAGCGUGUCCGGGGUGUACGCGGAGGUGCUCGUCAGCAUCCUGGUGCUAGACGUGAACGACUGCCCGCCUGAAUUCACUCAGGACUCGUACAAUAUUUCGGUCUCGGAAGCGGCUCCGUUCGGCACUUCCGUGUUAAAAGUCAGUUCCAGGGAUAACGACACAGGCAUAAACCAGCAGGUACGUUACGCGAUACAGAACGACACAGAGAACAGCACGGAUCUGUUUCACAUCGAUCCCGAGGAGGGUGUAAUAUUUCUGAAGAGGUCGUUGGACCACGAGGCUCACGAGUCGCAUCACUUCACGGUGAUCGCCAUCGACCGCGGUGUUCCGAGUCUCUCGAGCACCGCUCACGUCUGGGUGACGGUCAUCGACAUGAACGACAAUCCGCCCAAGUUCGAGCAGCCUUCGUACACGUGCUCGUUGUCCGAGCACGCGGAACGGGGUCAAUUCGUGACGGUGGUCUCUGCGAGCGAUCCGGAUUACGUGGACGAGAAGCUUACCUACACGAUCGUCGGCGGAAACGAGCAGCAAACGUACAAUAUCGACCAAUCGACCGGCGUCAUUACCUUGAUCAACAUGCAGAACUUCGGCGAGAAGAAACUGACCAUGCUGAACGUCUCCGUCACCGACAACGUGUACACCAGUUUCACUCGGGUCAAGAUCGAGAUAUUGCCCGCGAACAGGCACAACCCGAAGUUCCCGAACCCCGUGGUCGAGGUGACGGUGUUGGAGAACCAACUACCGGGUAGACUGGUGACCAGCGUGAUCGCGAACGACGAGGAUUUCGGCGACUACGGCACGGUUAUCUACACCAUAGCCUCCGAUCUGAUGAAGGAGAUCUUCGAUAUAAACAGACUGACCGGCGAAAUCGUGACGAGGAAGAAACUGGACCGCGAAGAACAGAAACUGUACGAGAUACCGGUAAUGGCUACGGACGGGGGUGGCAGGUCGGGCUUCGUGAUGGUCAGGGUGAAGGUUGGAGACGAGAACGAUAAUUCACCGGUAUUCCUCUUGAGAGAGUACAAGGCCAGCAUAUACGGGAAUCUGACAGUAAACACGCCGUUCUUGAAGGUGAAGGCUCAGGAUGCCGACGAGGACGACGCCGCCAGGAUCGUUUAUUCGAUAUACGAGCUUCAGACGUCGGAGGCGAAGGCACUCUUCGGGAUUAAUCCUGACACUGGGGCACUGUUCUUGCAGAAGAGCGCGAUACCUUGGGAGAGUCAAUUGUUCGAGCUGUUCAUCCGUGCAGAGGACAAAGGAGCCACCACUCAUCAUGCUGACGUACCCCUCAGCAUUUACAUAAUGAAGUCCCAAGAUAUACCGCCUCUUUUCGAGCGCAAAGAGGACAAAUUUUUCAUAUCCGAAGCGUCCGCUGUCGGUACUCCGAUAACAAGACUGAAGACCGUAACAAACAGCACGGUUACCUAUAGGAUAGUUUCCGGGGACGAGGAUUCACCCCUUUUCAUGGUCGAUCCUCGCGGUCAAGUUACAUUGGUGAAACCGUUAGAUCGAGAGUCAAAGGAUAACCAUCUGAUCGGAGUUCUUGCUGAAACAGAUUCGAGCCCUCCCUUAACGGCCCUCGCCGAGAUUACUCUGCAGGUGUUGGAUGAAAACGAUCACGCCCCUAAAUUCGAAAGCAACCCUUACGGUAUCAUCCUGGCAGAAAAUAUCGAAGAGGGAACGUCGAUUUUAAAGAUCAUCGCUCACGAUGACGAUUUGGGAAGCAACGGGGAGGUGCGAUAUUCGUUCGGCACGGAUAUAGGUGAAUUGGCGAAUGUCUUUACCGUGGAUGCCUACACAGGAUGGAUAUCUACGCUGGUUCAACUGGACAAGGAAAAACAGCCAGAGUAUAAGUUCCAGGUGGUCGCAACGGAUAACGGAAAUCCGAAACACUUCGCUAGGACUUCCGUGCACGUUAAACUAAAGGAUUACAACGAUAAUCCUCCCGCGUUCGUGGACGACCGUUACGAGGCUGCGGUGAACGAAGACGCUCUGCCGGGCACAGUGGUAGUCAAGUUGAUCACCGUGGACAAGGAUUCCGACGUAAACACACCGAUAGAGUUCUACAUAACAUCCGGCGACUCGAGAUCGCAGUUUCAGAUUAGAUCAACCGGCGAGGUGUACGUAGCGAAAGCUCUCGACCGGGAGACGGUCGAUCGUUACGAGCUGGAAAUAGUCGGCACCGAUGGCAAAUACGUCUUCAAGACGCGAGUAACGGUGCAAGUGUUGGACGUGAACGACAAUCCACCGUAUUGCCUGAGAUAUCGUUACAGGGAGAUCCUGUCGGAAGGUUCGCAUCCAGGCACAUACGUGCUGACCGUGUUGGCGACCGACUACGACGACGAACCGAACGCCAAGCUGCGUUUCUAUCUGACCGGCGAUAACAACGACAAAUUCUCUCUGGACAAGGAGACCGGCGUUCUGAAAACGGUCGGCCAGCUGGACCGAGAGUCUCAGGCGAAAUACUCGCUCACCGCUCACGUGCAGGACAGGGACAAGCCAUCCUGGGAAUGCUCCUCUCAGCUAGAAAUCCUGAUUUCCGAUCUGAACGAUAACCCGCCGAAAUUCACUAUGCAGACGUACAGCGCCACGCUGCCGGAGGACGUUGAAGUCGGCACUUUGGUGACCAAGGUACACGCCACGGACGAUGACAUCGGCAUUAAUCGAAAGAUCAGAUACGAGUUCAUCGAUUCUGCCGACGGCCAGUUCCUCAUCGCCGCGGACAGCGGCAUCGUAACCCUCGGCAAGUCGUUGGACAGAGAGACCAAAGCGAUGUACAACGUGACCAUACAGGCGCUGGAUCAAGGCACUCCUCAGCUGACCAGCGUGACUUCGCUGAUCGUGAACGUGCAAGAUAUCAAUGACAAUCCGCCGGAAUUCGCGUCGAAGGUUUACUUCUCGAAGGUGCCUGAGAUCUACGCGGUUGGCACGGAAGUGGCCAGGGUCCUUGCUACCUCGAAAGAUACCGGGGUCAAUGCCGAUGUCUAUUACUCGAUCGUGGGAGGAAACGAGCAUAAGAAGUUCCAGAUAGACGCGCGAUCCGGCGUCAUCACGAUCGCGGAACAACUCGACUACGAACGUGCCCGCGACUAUUUCCUGACUAUUCAAGCUAUCGAUGGUGGUAUACCACCGUUGAGCAAUCAUGCCACCGUCAACAUCACCGUGAUAGACAGCAACGACAAUGCGCCCAUUUUCAGCGAGGUUUCGUACAGGGCUUCCGUGAGGGAGGACGCGAAGAUCGGAGAAAAGGUCACGCAGGUGUUCGCAAACGAUCUGGACAGCGAGGAGAACGGAAAUGUAUCGUACUAUAUAGAAAGAGGUGACAGACAGAAGCAGUUUUCGAUCGAUCAGAAAACGGGACAAAUAACCGUCGCUGCCCCGUUAGAUCGAGAGGAGAUUGCCAGCUACGUGUUAGAAAUUCACGCUCGCGACAGUGGCGUGCCGAUGCUCUCCAGUUUCGUGAUGGUAAACAUCGAGGUCCUCGAUGCAAAUGACAAUCCACCGCUGUUCUCACUUUCGAAUUACACCGCGGUGGUGCAAGAGGAUAAGCCCCUGGGUCACACGGUGCUACAGUUCGUGGUCACCGAUGCGGAUAUCGAGCCGAACGCCGACCCGUACACUUUCGACUUCCGGUCCGGGAACGAGGGCGACGCUUUCAGAUUGGAACAGGAUGGUACACUGCGAACAGCGACAAAGUUCAACAACCGAGUGAAAGACAAAUACGUGUUGCAUAUACGCGUAUUCGACAACGGAAGUCCGCCUCUCUACUCGGACGCAUGGGUCGUAAUCAAGGUGAUCGAGGAGUCGCAGUACCCUCCGGUGAUCACCCCGCUGGAGGUGGUUAUUAACUCCUACAUGGACGAGUAUCCUGGUGGUAUAAUCGGAAAAGUUCACGCGACGGAUCAAGAUCAAUACGACACGUUGUUAUACAGUUUGGUACCACCAUCUCCGAUACCGAACGACCUGUUCCAAAUAGACAAAAUCGACGGCACCCUCGUGGCGCUCCCGCGACUCGACGUUGGCGAGUAUAGGAUAAACGUCAGCGUAACCGACGGCAAAUUUCAUUCUUAUUCUCUUAUCAAGGUGAACGUAGAUCUAAUAACCGAGAAGAUGCUGGAGAACUCCGUUAUCGUCCGAUUCAGAGAGGUCAGUCCGGAGGACUUCAUCCUGAGCCACCGCAAAGGAUUCAUCAGGACCGUGCGUAACGCUAUGAACUGCCGGCCGAAGGAUAUCGUGAUCAUCAGCGUUCAAUCAUCCACCGACGAAUCGAACUUGAUCAAAUCUCGAGCCAUUCGUCAAGCCGUGCACAACGAUCUUGACCUAUUGUUCGCGGUGAAAAAGAGCGGAGCUUCUCUGGCUUCGCCCACCUUCUACGCCUCGGAGAGCAUACGAGAGGCUUUGAAUCAAAGGAUCGAGGAACUCGAAGAAUCGACUAAGCUGGUUGUCGAGGAGAUCGUCAGGCUCAAGUGCAAUAAAGGCUACUGCGUUUACGGAGACUGUCAGGAUAGGAUCGUGCUCGACCUGACGCAAAUAACACCCGUGGCUACUGACGUGAUGAGCUUCGUAUCGCCACGACACAAGCACAAGAUGGAGUGCAGUUGCAAGGAGGGUUACGCCGGUAACCACUGCGAGAUGGUCGUCAACGAGUGUGCCAGAGACCCGUGUCCACUGUUCAAGGUGUGCGUGCCCGACUCGUCGGUUCAGGGAUAUUCGUGUCAGUGUCCCGAAGGGUUCGCAGGUCAAACCUGUGACAUAGAUAUCUCUAAAUGUCACGACGAGUCGUGUUACAUACCUCGAAAUCCGAUAUCCUUCAGUGGGAAGAGUUACGCUCGUUACAGGAUCGAUAAAGCACAGAUCAGACAAACGAUCGAAGAUCGUCUGACCUUGUCCCUGAGAAUCAGAACGGUCCAGCUGACCGGGAACCUGAUGUACGCUGCGGGCAAAGUCGACUACAACAUUCUGGAGGUCGUGAAUGGAGUUGUUCAAUACAAAUUCGAUCUGGGUAGCGGAGAGGGUCUGGUCCGAGUGAGCAGCAUGUACGUGAGCGACGGACAGUGGCACGAGAUCCAGCUAGAACGGGAGAGCAACAGCGCCAGAUUGACCGUCGACGGGAAACACCUGGCUCAUGGUUCAGCCCCUGGCAUCAACGAUAUCUUAAACCUUCAAUCGGACGAUCUGUACUUGGGCGCUGAAGUCAGACAACAUCCCUCUAUUCUCGGCUUCGAGGACGUUCAACGCGGUUUCAUUGGCUGCAUGGACGACGUCAGAAUUGCCAGGGUGUCCGUGCCUCUGCACAUGAGCGGUGCCAGCAGCGUGGCUAUCCUGAAACGCUUCGCGAACGUCGAGUUCAGCUGCGACGCCGCCACGGUCCUCGUUCCUCCAGGAAUCUGCGGUUCGCAGCCCUGUCAAAACGGCGGCACCUGCAAGGACUCCGGAGGCGACACUUAUGAGUGUCAAUGUCACAGCAGAUUCGCGGGUCUCGCCUGCGAGAUAGACACCGAUCCCUGUGCCUCCUCGCCCUGUCUUUACGGUGGUCGCUGCAAGAUAGUGCCCGAAGGAGGCGACUUCAGUUGCGAAUGCGUCGGUCCUAGCCUCAGCGGGAAACGUUGCGAGUUCGGAAGGUACUGCAGUCCAAACCCGUGCAUCCACGGUGGCGUGUGCGAAGAGGGCAACAACGGACCGAUCUGCAAAUGCCAGGGAUUUAUGGGAGAACGUUGCGAGACGGAUGUGAACGAGUGCGACACCAGUCCGUGUACCAAUGGCGGCACCUGCGUGAACGAGAUCGGCACGUACAGGUGCGUCUGCCCUCCGAAUAUGACUGGUUUGAACUGCGGCAACCCUGCGUACUCCACACCAAUUAUAUCGAAUCACUUCAACAUCACCUGGGAGCAAUUGAUGUGGAUCGGCGUCGCGGUGGUCUUGAUAGUCAUCCUUAUCAUCGUGUUCCACGCGUUCCGGCGCAUCAAGAUGAAACGCAACAGGGCUCGUGCCAACAACAUCAACAACGAGACCAGGAAGCAGAUAGUUCUUAAUUCGGCGAGACCUCACGAGCAUGAAUUCAAGCGCAGCUCGAAACUGAGUAAUCUGGAAGUGAUACAGAGAGAACCUCCCCAAUGCCCCCCCAGACCCGCCUCCUACACUCCUAGCUCGAACAACGAGCCGGCACCGUACAGCAACUCGGCGGCUGUAGCACUGAAUAAUUUAGACACGUUGCGAAGCUACGGUAGCGCCGGUGACGAGUUGGAAAAUUUCCCGCCAGAUUAUUUAAGAAAUCUGAAUCGCACCACUCCCGUACCACCUCCGUCCUUAACCCUCGCUAACCCGGUCGGCGGAAACGCUACAGGCAGCGACACGGAUAGUCUCCAUAAGCCGACCUGGCAAGAACAGAUGCAACUAGCCUCCUUCAUCACGGACACGACCAAGAUAAAGAAUGACCUGAAACGAGCGAGCCCAGUGGUACCAGAGCUGACCACUGGAGGACUUCUACUAAAUUCUUCUCGACGUGUGCCUCAUGGAGGUGGGACCUCCGUUACCUCCAUGACGUCCAUCGAGGAUGAUCCUCGUAUUGUCGGUGGGUAUCACUGGGACUGUUCAGACUGGGUCAGGCCAAGUCAAAACCCCUUGCCUAAUAUCACGGAGGUACCUGGAAGCGAAGUACCAGACUCGUCCAGCUUCCACAGCAACGAGAGUAACGAAUCAAACACUCAUCAGUUACCGUCAGUGCACGGCUCUGUAGAUCCAGCGAGGGACAUCGAAACCCUGAAUGAAGACCAGGAAUCAGAAUACGUCGGUGAUUCGGAAUGCGGGACCGAAUUUUCUGAACAGUAUCAGUGCGCUGAAACGCAGCGGCUGAACCCUCUCGACAGCGGUGGCGAGGGUGAAUACAAAUACAAAGGUUCCGAAAGUUACCUCCGUCAUCCAAACUCAUACCUGCCGCAUUACAAUAUUCACACGGACACGGAGAACGAAACGAAUCCGUUGAACGGACGUCUUAGCACUCUAGAAUCCGACGAGGAGGAAGACGAUGUAGUGCCUUAUGGUUUCCCAAGCAGCCGACGCAAUCGAUGCCACAAGGGGGACGAAGCGGACGAGAUCGGUUCGGUGAUCACCACCCUUGAAGAGAGGAAUUCUUUGUUGGGCGGUGCGACCAGCAACAGCGAUUUGUCCACCAAUCUGUGCGAGAUAGACGAUUCGGAAUACGAGAUCGCCGAUCAGAAGAGCAACGGCCGGCUGUGGUUGUCGGGGAACGGUAUCACGCAGACCUCGGUGUGACAAAGAGUGGUGCCACUACUUCAAUACAGACUGAACGUGAUGAUGAUCGUGUUUUUCUGUGCUUCUUGAGAGUGUCAGACAGUGCGAAUGUUUUGUGAGUAACACAAGGAAUUCACCUUUUUUGUACAUACGUAUAUAUAUAUUAUUAUCGACCGCGACAGAGAGAGAGAGAGAAGAUAUGAAUGUGUACAGAGGCAGCUAUGAAAUAUAAGAAAAAGAUAACGCUCGAGAUAGCUAAACGGUAUGGGAAUUUUGUGUAUGAGAGCUAGCGUGCUCGACAGUGUACAAAGGAAGCCUGUGUUGCACCAAAGCGUACAAUGUCGGGUAGUCUAGCCUUACUUCGGGAGAAAAACGGUGGAGGGAAACGAGGAUUCGCCAUCUGUCUUAAUACUCGCGAGUUAUCUAGCGUUUUGCUUAGGAAUCGAGCUUACCACCAAUUUUGUGAAUUAAUUCUGAAAUAAGGGGGAUGGUGGAAUCUUUGUUUCCCUUACAUCGCCGGUUUUUCUGAAGCUUACCGUACUCGGUACUGUAUUGUGAGCCAACGAUGCUUGGCAUCGUACCUCAAAAUCUCCUAUGUAGGUAGAGCUUAGGUACUAACGUACUUAAUUCUGCGAUCCUCGAAAGAAUCAUAUUGGACCCGACGGGUGAAAAUCAACGUGCAUACACAUAUUUGGGAGCAAUUCUUACUUUCUGUUUUUAUCGUACGCCAUUUUUUUUCUUUUUUAAUUAUACAAUCGUGCAUUGUAUUUUGUGCGAACGAGAAAUUUGUUUGAUAGACGUUAAAUUUCGACAGUUUUUAUGCUGCGUGGACCAUUCAGAGUUUCGUGAUUGUUUCUUGAUUCAAAAACAUCGUUAUAAUUCUACCAAAGGGGAUGAGGUUUAGUUAAAAGAAUAAAAGGAUAUAUAGAUAUAUAUAUGUAUAUGUAUAAAAUUAAAAAGGACUAUACAAGGUGUUACAAAAAAUAUGUACAGCGUGAAAAUUGCAAAAGCUCAUUGCCAUUUUAAUCUCUGACAUUUUAGAAACAAAACUACAAGUCACAAAGUGGUAAAGGAUUUUUUUUUCGAUAAGAAGAAUUCGCAAUUUUCACGUUGUAAAUUCUUUUUUGAGACACCCUGUAUGUAUACAUAUAUAUUACAACAGUUAUAUGCAACUAUUACAAGUAAGAAAAUGAUCUUGAUUAAGGAUAAAAAUUUGUUACUCGAGAAAGGUAAAUUUAAUCACGACCGCGUUGUCAGACCAAUGAUUAUUAUUUAUUGACUUAUCGUUUAAACAGUUAAACAUUAUCCGCAACUAUGAUUCCACUGCAACAAAACAAAAUGAAAAGAAAAAAAGAAUGGUACGUAUAGGUACAUUUAUGUAUUUUUACUAUAUUUGCUAACCGACUUUAUUUUGGUUACAUACGAAAUCAACAGACGGACUACUUAAUAAUAAUAGAUCAUAAGUAUCGCAUAGUUUAGCGAGUAAAUGAAUUGACUCUAGUGAAGAAGAGGAAGAAAAUGAAGAAGCGAAAAAAAUAAAAGAACAGUGCUCUGCUUCUAGGGCGAAUAUAUGUGCAUGUUUGCUGGCGUUUACUGCAGCGACAAAGCACGAUAGUUAAAAAAAAAAGAUAUGAAAUAUUUUUACUGUGAUGAUAAUAAUGUUUAUACAAUGAUCAAAUACUAUGAACUGUACGAUAAUGAUUGUAAUAUUAACUAUCCAAUUUUUUUUUUUUUUUUUUUUUUAAAGGAAAAAGAAAUUAAGGGAUGGCGGAAGAUAGUAUUUCCAUUUCCGCGUGUAUGUAUGCUAAGUCAACGUUCCGUUCGUUCAAAGCUCCUUUUCUUAUUUGUUCUUAUCAUUCUUUACUUUAAACUUCUCCUUUCAUUUGGUCACCGUCAUCAGUUCAACAGACAUAUAAUUGCAUACAUGGUGCUACUACUAUUUACAUCACGCUUUAACAUUUUUAAUCUACUCGAUAAGACUGCUCGGCAAUGUGGAUUGUACGCAACUCAUCAUCAUCAAUGCUCUUCAUCAACUACUCAUCUCACGCUAUUUCUUUCGAUGAUAAUGUCCAAGUAACUUUAAAUCGUUUCUUAAACUGCCGAUUAAUUUUUAAUGCCAUACAAACGAAUGCAGGAAUAACCGAUUAGUGGUUGCAGACUACUCGCUCAAGAUCUACAUUGUGUCUUCAUUCUUUCAGUCAACUUCCUAGUCCACUAGUAUCUGCGGUCCAUAUCUGUCCAUUUCCUAAAUUUUCAAACCACCAAAUUUUUAAGUGUGUAAGUGUAUAAAUUCCUAAAUUUCCGAUAUAACCAUUAACCGGCUAUUACUGUAUCUCCCUUGAUUAUUAAUUUGUGUAGCUACGUAUAAAACACGAAAAGAUCAAGGGGUUGUUAUUUCUGUGCCUAAUAUCUUUUAAACACUGAGUACUUCCGAAUGAGAGACAUUUUGUUGAACGAAUAAUCUAGUGGCAGCUUAAAUUGGGAGAGGUGUACAGGUUUUUUCUUUUAUAUAAACAUAGAGUUUUUUUUUUGGCAAAUUCACUGUUUAUGUUCCUGUUCUGUAAAGGAUGCUAGCCAUCUUACUCUUAUAUUUAGUGGGAUACAGACGAGUAAGCCGCACUUUUAAAGUAAUAACGCGAAACAGGGUGACUUCUUUUGUGUUGACCGAGAGAAAAAGAAGAAAUUAUCGCCUCUUUUUUCUGUUUUAAUAAUGUAAGUUUCGUAAACAGCUGUGCCUCCCCUCUCUGAAAUUUCAAUGCGACACUCAAGCGGAUACAAUUGAACCUAGACAAUUUAUUCUAUAUUAGAAUGAAAUAAAAAUAUUGUACAGUUUUAACUUAAACGAAUUGUAUCAGGAAUAACAUCGAUGGCAAUGAUAAUUUCAGUUUGCGUCGAAGCACAGCGAACACUUUAAUCGUUAAGAUUUAAUUUUAAUCAUUUUCUUGCGAGUCGAUCACAAGAACAUAUAUUGGUUCAAGACUGUUGGAACGAUGCGAAUAUAACGAUCCGUUUUUAUAAAUAUUGUAUUAAUCAAUUCGUAAUCAUGUCAAUGUCGUCAAAUGUUUGGUUGUAACGAGAACGAGCAAUGUUUUUUAUAAAGCUUCCGAACGAUUAGCAAUAUUAAGUUUUGAACGAUACAUUCUUGUAAUUAGUAUUUAAUGAUUUAGUCUGAUUAACAAACUUAACAAUCGGAAUUGAUCGGGAGAACACGUAUUUCGUUUGCGUGACUUUACUUUCUAUUUUCUCUUAAUUUUCUGAUCUACUUAUCGUCAAUCUUUUUGUACUUGGUUAAUAACUUACAAACUAAUAAAUAGUUCCACUUAUUUCUUAUUUUAUAAUAACUUGCCAUAAUCACGCAAAGACGAGAAGGUAGAAAAAUGAAACAGGAAAAAAAGAUGUGGGUACAACUUCCAAAUUUGUUACAACUUUUAGCCCCGCUAAUAGGAUACAUAUCGAUAUCAUGAACUCCUUCAAACAAUGAGGAAUCUUGACUUGUUAUAAUUAGAAGGCUAUAAUUAAUUUGUACAAGAUCAACCUAUUGUAAUAAAGAACACAAUCUUGCCUACA